GUCAUGACAACCAUACAAGCAAUGGAACAGACCACACUGAAUGCUGGCCUUGAUGUGCUGCAGUUAGGGAAGCCCGCUGGAAUGCACUCACAUAUGUGGAAAGGAUUGUCAGAGAAGUUCUUAAAGGGGGAACCAAAAGUCAUUGGUGUUGUACAGAUUCUGGCUGCCUUAAUGAUUCUUAGCCUAGGAAUAAUGACAAUAAUUAUCUUGGAUAUACGUUAUAACCAAGAAAACAUUUCAUUUGGAAUUACAUACCCAUGUUGGGGACCAGUGGUGUAUAUCAUUUCAGGAGCUUUAUCGCUUGCAGCAGGAAUUAAAACAACAAAAGGCCUGGUCCAAAGCAGCAUGGGAUUGAACAUCGCCAGCUCUAUGGUGGCUUUAUUUGGGUUCUUCUUAAGUGUGAGCAGGUUGCAUGAUUUGUCAGUUGUUUACGGUUUCUGCAGACAUGAUUAUAUGCCAGGCCAAUGCAUCCAGAGUCUGGCCAUUUUCUUGGGUAUGCAAGCCUUGGUGAUCAUUUUAGACUUGCUGGAAUUCUGCAUUGCUGUGUCCCUUUCUGUCUUUGGAUGCAAAGUGACCUGUUGCAAUCGUAGUGGGGCAGGCUGUCCAACAGAAGUGGAGCUCACCUAUUUCACUACACUGGCUGGACAAUAA